GAGUAAAACCCUGCUAAUUAUUUUAUUAUCUGGAUUUGGACAAUUUGGAUACAUGCUUUUAUUUUUUUUUACCAAAUGCAAAUUUAUAAAAAAGAAAAUAAGUAAAACAAAUAAUACUGUACAUUUGUUGGCUAACUAUGAACCACCAGAUGUUUUUAUAAUGUAUAUAAUUGUUGUAACAAUUAUUAAAAUGUAUCUUUUACAUGCCUUUUAUGAACAUAUCUUGCCAUCAAUAUAAUCAGAACCAGAUCAUUUCAAAUAACAGUCUUGCAUAUAAAUCUCACAGAAUUUAGAUUAUGUGAAUCAUUUUUAAGAAGGCAUUACAACAAUAACAAUUCUCUGUCCUUGUGCUCUAUAGGUUCCCUCUUCAUCCUUGGCCAUUGUGUUUUUCCUCCUGGUUCUUGUGAUGGAUACACAAACUUAACUGACUCAUGGCGCAACCACUUAUUCACAUCAUCUUCCUUUCCCGACUUCCCAAAGAACGAUGUACAUCUUGUUGAGUAUUGGUGGCGCUUCACAGGGAUUGGUGGAGACAGAAUUGUAGCAGUGUGCUAUGUAGGCCCUCGUGCUGGUGUCAACUACCCCAUUUAUUUUCCAUUUUCAUAUCCACAAACUGAAUCUGAAAGUCCAUCAAUAGGGACUGCUUAUGUUCGUGUUUCACAUUGUUCACAAUAUGGUAUCUCCAUGAGCGUGGCCCUCUGUCCUGGAGGAUUCUACAUAUACAAACCAUCAAAUCACCAUUUCAGCAGUACGGGUUAUGCAACUUAUCAUUAUGAGUGUAACCCGGACUCGUGUGGACCACUUGCUGAGUGCUCAGGUACUGGAGGUUGUACCUGUGUUUCUGGGUAUGAAAUCCCCCCAGAACACCUACCCACACCAGAUUCAUAUGGUUGUGUUGACAUUGACGAGUGCCAGACGACUGCAGGAAUUUGUGGUAGUAACUCCAACUGUACGAACACCAUUGGAGCACACUUCUGUACCUGUCUGGUUGGAUUCAAUGCAACAGAUCCAGCAUUACCACCUGGAGGGUCCAACAAAUGCACAGAUAUUGACGAGUGCCUUGACAAUGUCUGUGGAGAUGAUGGGACCUGUCACAACAACCCAGGAAGUUAUAUGUGUGAAUGCCAUGAAGGCUACCAGCUUGUACCUGAUGCAACUCCUGUUUGCCAAGAUAUCGAUGAGUGUUUCAACUCCACCGUCUGUGGUCCCGACUCUGUUUGCACCAACAAUCCUGGAGCUUAUAGCUGUGCAUGUCAACUGGGAUACACAGCAACUGAUCCGGACCAGGAGCCCAGCCAGACCAACAUCUGUAUUGAUGUUGAUGAGUGUGGCGAAGACGCUACUGUCUGUGGUCCUGAUGCCAACUGCACAAACUCAAUCGGAUCGUACAUCUGCACCUGCUUCCCUGGUUAUCGUCUGAACAACCCGGCCGUGAUAGCCGGCAUUGCUAACCCAUGCACAGAUAUAGACGAGUGCAGUGAGACGCCUGAUAUAUGUGGUAAACAAACUGUGUGCACUAAUGUGCCGGGGACCUUUUAUUGUUCGUGUCCUGAUGGAUUCUACCCUUCAACUGGAAUUCUGUGGACAGUAGGGGUCUCAUUUUGUAAAAGUCUUCCGGACAUUUUAGAUGAAAUAAAACCCCCAGAGGGACAGACCAAAGAGAGAGCUUUUCUUGGCAACAUUGACCAACAAUUGAAAGACAAUAACGGCAUCAUCUUACCAGAACCGACUGUGGCAAACAGCUUCUCAGCAUCUAUGGAAGUGUCAGGUGUUGGGCCACGUGCCAGGUCAAGCAGGGUAAGUAGCGCAGGAGACGGGGAGACCGGCAGCGUGAUCCUGGGUAUCUCAGACCGUUUAGUGUCUGCGAUAGUGCAGCCAGGUCAGAACCAAACCAAGAGAACUGUGAGGAGUUCAACAGUGGAUUUAAGUCUCGAAACUAUUGGGCCUGGAAGCAACAAUGCAGAGAGCUCUUCUCUCUCAGCAAAUGAGAACACCAUGGAAAUCAACCUGGAAAGUCUUGCCCAAAAUAACAAUGGUUCUGCAUCAGCUGCCUUCAUGACAUUAAAUGGGAUGGAGAGUCUUCUUAGUCAUCAAUACUUUGAAUCAGAGAACAGGACAGAGAUGUACUCGGAUGUCAUCACCGCAAUCUUACCCUCAAUGAACAACACCAACCUCACCGAGCCCGUCAACUUUACCAUCCAUCACAAGAAGACAGUACCUGAAUCUGGUUUGGUGACAUGUGUGUACUGGGAGGACAAAACAGAGGGGACACGAAUGGGACAAGGAAGUGAAACAGGAGGAGAAAAGACUAAGACGAUGCGUUGGUCGGUAGACGGCUGUUGGGUUGCAUACACCAAUGAAAACUACACAGUGUGCAGCUGCUCUCAUCUCUCCACAUUUGCCCUCAUCAUGCAGAUAGGGGAGCCUCCACCAGAGGAUCAUUUCCUAGAGUGGCUAAACCGAAUGUGCGUGAUUGUCGGGCUGUUCUUCUUUGCGUUGGCCAUCUUCAGCUUCCUCCUGUGUAGAUGGAACCCCAAGAUCAACAACACAGCCCGUCUCCACCUCUGCCUCAGCCUCUUCUUCUCCCACCUGCUGCUGCUGUGGAAUGACAAAUAUGUUGAACAAGAGCUGGCCUGCACCGUCAUGGCGGGGCUUCUUCACUUCUUAGUUGUAGCAGGUUUUGUGUGGAUGCUGCUGGAGGCGCUACAGCUUUACCUGUUGGUCCGCAGACUCUCCAAGGUGCAGGUCAUCCAGAGAGAUGGCCUCCCCAGGCCACUUCUUUACCUGGUUGGCUACGGUGUUCCAUUUGUGAUUGUUGGUAUUUCUGCACUGGUAUAUUCUGAUGGAUAUGGUACCACUGAGGCAGAGGUGUGCUGGCUCUCUAGACAGCGCAAUUUCAACUGGGCUUUAACCGGCCCUGUGAUUGCUAUCAUUGGACUUAAUUGGAUAUUGUUCUGUGCUACUCUAUGGAGUCUGAGACCCACCCUGGCCAACAUGAAAAGUGAUGUUUCUCAAUCCAAAGACACCAGGUUGAUUGUGUUCAAGAUUGUGGCCCAGUUUGUCAUACUGGGCUGUACCUGGAUUCUGGGCCUGUACCAGAGCAACCUUUUCUUCCAGGUCCUCUUUAUAUUUCUUAACUCCCAGCAGGGCACCUUCCUCUUCAUCGUCCACUGUCUGCUCAACAAGGAGGUGAGAGAAGAAUACGUGAAAUGGCUAACCUGUUCUUUCAACAAGCACAAACGCGACAGAUCUGUGAAAGAUGCACCAUCAGUCUCCGAGGACUUGGACAAGAAUGAAGAGCAGACAGGCUAAUGGUGAUGGAUUGAGAUAGAGAAUGAAAAAAGAGAAAGACCGAGAGAAGAAAUUCAAGCCUUAUCCACUUUGAACCAUUAGUCAUUAAUUAUUAUUUCAUUGCUGUCCUUGUUGUUGUGGUAUGGGAUGAAUGACAAGUCAUCAAAUUUACAGUUUUUGUUUGUCUACUUCUGUGCUGUAUCUACUAUCAUUCACUGCGGCAACACAAAGAAAAACAAACACUACCUGAAUAAAUAUGACUUCAUUUCA